CACACCUCUCUCUCAUUCUCUCUCCUCUCUUGCUCCUCUCUCUUUCUCCUCCAGGAUAGUGAGGAGACAGCUGUGGAUGGUAACAAGUGUUGUAGUCUGUGUAACAUGUUCUUUACCUCAGCCAUAGUGGCCCAGUCCCACUACCAGGGAAAGACCUAUGCUAAGAGCGUCAAACUAGUGUUGGGCUCCUCACCUACUAUUUCUACUACCCCUCCCACAGACUCCUCCCCCUGUCCAUCCGACACGCCCCCUCUGCCAAUGCCGCCUCCCCCAGCCCCUCCCAUUACCUGGCUAGUGACCAAUGGCAACACAGCGUGUAGGUCGUGCUUCCUGUGUGGGGCAUGGUUCAACAACCCAGCGAUGGCCCAGCAGCACUACGAGGGGAAGAAGCACCGGCGGAACGCAGCCAGGAGACAACUACUGGAACAACUAGCUGAUAACCUGGACAGCAACCAGAACACAGGUUUGAGGAGCAGUUACAGUGUGUGUGAUGUCACUCUGAACUCAAUAGAACAGUACUACGCACAUCUCCAGGGCUCCAGACACCAAAACAAGUGAGUGAGUCUGUCUAUCUGUCAGUCAGUUGGUCGGUCUAUACCUCUAUCUUUAUGCACAUUUGUGGCCUGCUGGAGGUCAUUUUGCAGGGCUCUGGCAGUGCACCUCCUUGCACAAAGGCGGAGGUAGCGGUCCUGCUGCUGGGUUGUUGCCCUCCUACGGCCUCCUCCACGUCUCCUGAUGUACUGGCCUGUCUCCUGGUAGCGCCUCCAUGCUCUGGACACUACGCUGACAGACACAGCAAACCUUUUUGCCACAGCUCGCAUUGAUGUGCCAUCCUGGAUGAACUGCACUACCUGAGCCACUUGUGUGGGUUGUAGACUCCGUCUCAUGCUACCACUAGAGUGAGAGCACCGCCAGCAUUCAAAAGUGACCAAAACAUCAGCCAGGAAGCAUAGGAACUGAGAAGUGGUCUGUGGUCACCACCUGCAGAAUCACUCCUUUUUUGGGGGUGUCUUGCUAAUUGCCUAUAAUUUCCACCUUUUGUCUAUUCCAUUUGCACAACAGCAUGUGAAAUUUAUUGUCAAUCAGUGUUGCUUCCUAAGUGGACAGUUUGAUUUCAUAGAAGUGUGAUUGACAUGGAGUUACAUUGUGUUGUUUAAGUGUUCUCUUUAUUUUUUUGAGCAGUGUAUGUUGACAAACGUUACCUUAUCCUAGUGAGAUUUACACAGGUAUCAAAACGUCAAGGCGGUUUAAGCCUGCACGAAACACAAACCUUAUUUGAAGUAGAUCAAGACAUUCUCUAUGGAAGACAUGAACGGUAAAAUAACGAAGGAACCCCUGUCAAGUUAUUACAGGAAUUAUAACGUGUCGACUAUUUCUCUCUAAACCAUAUACCUUUGACUAAUCCGGAAACUAUCACCUCGAAAACAAAACGUUUAUUCCGUUCCGUAUUUUAUCUAACGGGUGGCAUCCAUGAGUCUAAAUAUUCCUGUUACAUUGCACAACCUUCAAUGUUGUCAUAAUUAUGUAAAAUUCUGUCAAAUUAGUUCGCAAAGAGCCAGUCGGCCCAAACUGUUGCAUAUACCCUGACUCUGCGUGCAAUGAACGCAAGAGAAAUGAUACAAUUUCACCUGGUUAAUAUUGCCUGGUAACCUGGAUAUCUUUUAGCUAAAUAUGCAGGUUUAAAAAUAUAUACUUGUGUAUUGAUUUUAAGAAAGGCAUUGAUGUUUAUGGUUAAGUACAUAUUGGAGCAAUGACAGUCAUUGAUUGAUUGUUUUUUAUAAGAUAAGUUUAAUGCUAGCAAGCAAUUUACCUUAGCUUACUGCAUUCAGGCAGGCUCUUCGUGGAGUGCAAUGUAAUCAGUGUUAGAGCAUUGGACUAGUUAACUGCACGGUUGCAAGAUUGGAUCCCCCAAGCUGACAAGGUUAAAAAUCUGUCGUUCUGCCUCAGUUCCUAAGCCGUCAUUGAAAAUAAGAAUGUGUUCUUAACUGAUUUGCCUAGUUAAAUAAAGGUGUAAAACAAAACGGCAAAUCGGCGCCCAAAAAUACCGAUUUCCGAUUGUCAUGAAAACUUGAAAUCGUCCCCGAUUAAUCGGCCAUUCCGAUUAAUCGGCCAUUCCGAUUAAUCGGUCGACCUCUAUUAGUGACUAAUUAUAUCUCUAUUUGGUCGGUUUUGUGAUAGCUACCUAUAGAAACAUUGUGAAAAUAUGCGGUUGAGUCUUUGGCUAUUGUGGUUAGCUAAUAGAAAUACAUAUUGUGUUUUCGCUGUAAAACAUUUUAAAAAUCGGAAAUGAUGGCUGGAUUCACAAGAUGUUUAUCUUUCAUUUGCUGUAUUGGACUUGUGAUUUCAUGAAAAUUAUAUUAUAUGUUAUUAAAGUAUGCUAGACAUUUAUAGAAUAAAUCACAUCUAGUUAGAUUUUUCUGCGAAAACGUUAUUGGUUUAUAUAGCUUUAAAUUAUAACGAUGUGCGCUGAGAGUCGGGAAGCAAGUUCAGGGAGUGAGUGUUUUAAUAAAAUAAACAGAACGCAAACCAAGAACCUCGAACAACGCACGAGGUGAAACAGAAACAAUGACGCCUGGGGAAGGAUCCAAAGGGAGUGACAUAUAUAGGGCAGGUCAUCAAGGAAGUGAUGGAGUCCUGGUGAGUCUGACGACGCACAGGUGCGCGUAAUGAUGGUGACAGGUGUGCGCCAUAACGAGCAGCCUGGUGAUCUAGAGGCCGGAGAGGGAGCACACGUGACAGAAAUGGCAUUUCAUAGAUGUUAUGUAUUUCUAUCAAGUCAGACCUUGAAUGUUUACUCAAAGCAAAGGUUGUAAAAGUAUAGUAGACAUUUAUAGAAUAACUCAUACCUAUUUUGAUGAUUCUGCAACAAACUGUGAAUUAUUUGUUAUUGAUUUAUACCACUUUAAAUUGAAUUUAAAGAUUUUGCGUAUUUCCAUCAAAUCAGAAACAUAAAAAUAGAUAUGGUUUAUUAUUUAAAUGUCUAGCAUACUUUUACAACCUUUGUUUUUAAUAAAAAAUCCAGUUUUGUGACAAUCAAUGAAUUAGUUAUUGAUUUUUACCAUUUUAAAUGGCUUUUGGCAAAUUCCUGUUGAAUGUUUGAUUAAUAUCAGUUGAAUGUUUGAUGAAUGUCUGUUGAAUAUCUGAAUGUGUGAAUAUAAAACCAACUUUACCUCGG